GCGGGAGGCGGCGGCUCGGAGAAGUCGUUCAUGAGCCUGGACCGGAGGGGGGUGGGGACGGGUCGUUUGGCUGCUGUGUAUCUGGCGCGGCUGGAGUUUGGGAUACGGCCAGUUUCUGAGGCGAGCUGGGAAGCCGCCGCCGCCGCCUCUUCCUCAGCCCCUUCCUUUCAUUCGACUUAAAUCCUCGGGAGGCCGCCUCACGCAUCGAGCUGCUGAAUUACAGUGGAUGUGUCCAGUUGGUCUUGACGUGCUGAUGAUUUGCAAGUGACGCCUCAGCUGAGUUCCUGCAGCUUUCUGCAAUAAGAUGUUUACCACAAACCCUGCAAAUUGGGUUACUUUUGAAGAUGACCCCCUUUUCCAGUCUCCUCAGAAGGCAGGUGGAAAUCAUAGUGCCUGCAGAGCAAAUGGGCUUAAUCUCAUUCUGCCUAAAAUACAUGACUCAAGUCAAUCUUCUUCCUCUAGUAACACUCCUCUCUCUUCUCCUGUAGUGGACUAUUAUGUUACUCCUGCACCUCCUAGUAACUCUCCAUUGUGCACACCUACCAAAGACUAUCCUGUGAGUCCUUGCUUUCUCAAAUCAGGAGUUCACGUUCUUUAUUCUAUUCCAGAGUUGUCAUCCAAUCUUGAUGUCCCAUUAGCCGGGCCAUCCUCUCAAAAACUGGCUGGCAUAUCUUGGACUGAGGACUAUUCAAAUACCUCUGUCCCUAAGUCAACGGAUAGUGCAAAAGCAGUUCAACAAGAAGUCUCAAAUAAGAUGGAAGAAUCUGUAGAAACACAAACGUUCUUCCAAUAUAUUCAGAAUGACUGUGCUUUUUCUAGUCCAUUUUGGUCAGAAGAUCCACCAGCUGUGUCUUCAUCCACCUGUGAUGUGCACAGAAAGGAUGUAAGCCUUGAAAAGAAUACUUGCUGUCCCAAAGAAAAGGAAGUGCUAUCUGAUCAGAAAAGCGUCAAUCAGGGAUCUUUUCACUACAUUUGUAAGAGGCUUGAGCAUUUGCAAACUAAUACUUCAAAUGAUGACAGAAUGCUGACAGCUAUGCCAUGUAUGUAUAGUGGAGAUGGCUCCUCUUUAUUCAUUCCACACAGUCUCUUCAGGAAUCGAAGAAAAGAUGGGUGGCCUUUCAUGUUGAGAAUUCCUGAAAAGAAGAAUAUGAUGUCCUCAAGGCAGUGGGGACCUAUAUAUCUUAGGGUCUUGCCUGGAGGAAUUCUUCAAAUGUACUAUGAGAAAGGACUUGAGAAACCUUUCAAAGAAUUCCAGCUACAGCCAUUUUGCAGACUUUCAGAUCCCAAGUUGGAGAAUUGCAGUGUCUCUGGAAAAAUCCAUACAGUCAAGAUAGAGCAUGUAUCAUAUAUUGAAAAAAAGAAAUAUCAUCCCAAAGCUGAAGUGGUCCAUGAACCAGAAAUAGAACAGAUGUUGAAGCUGGGAACGACUAAUUAUAAUGACUUCACUGAUUUCCUGGAAACUGUAGAGGAAGAAUUAAUGAAGCUUCCUGCCCUUUCAAAGCCAAGGAGAUAUUAUGAAGAACAGGAAAUAAUUUUGGAAAUAGUUGACAACUUUUGGGGGAGGAUCACUAGAGCAGAAGGGAAACUGGUUGAAAGUGCUGUUAUAACCCAUAUUUAUUGCUUGAGUUUUGUGAAUGGAAACUCAGAGUGCUUCUUGACACUGAAUGACUUAGAGCUCCGAAAGAGAGAUGCCCGUUACUUUGAGAGAGACACAGAGAAGAAAUGGAUUGAUAUUCUUGACUGUGUUUUCCAUGGAUGUGUAAAACAAGACGAGUUUGAAGAGUCAAGAAUAAUUAAAUUUGUACCUCCAGAAGGCUGUAGAUUAGAGCUGAUGCGUUUCAGGACACAGUAUAAUGAACAUGAUCUUCCAUUUUCUGUCAAGGCCUUGGUGGUGGUCCAGGGAGCAUAUGUUGAACUUCAAGCUUUCAUAAACAUGUCCUCAUCUGCUCUGGCUUCAAUGCAUUCUCAUUCCAUGAAACACCACUGUGAGAAUAUUAUGGUACACUUCCCUGUUCCUCCACAGUGGAUUAAAAGCCUUUGGACUAUGAACCUCCAAAGGCAAAAGUCACUGAAAGCGAAAAUGAACAGAAGAGCAUGUCUUGGCUCUCUAACAGAGAUUGAAUCUGAUUCUGUCAUACAGGUCUCCAUUGGAACAGCCAAAUAUGAAAGUGCCUAUAGAGCUGUUGUGUGGAAGAUUGACAGACUUCCAGAUAAAAACUCAAGUCCGGAUCAUCCACACAGUUUGUCAUACAAACUAGAACUUGGGUCUGAUCAGGAAGUCCCUUCAGACUGGUAUCCGUUUGCCACCGUGCAGUUUGUCAUGCCUGAUGCAUGUGCUUCUGGAACUGAAGUGAAAUCUCUGGGCAUAGAGUGUGACAUUCAGCCACAGAAACAUGUGGUUCAGAAAGCAUGUUACAACUGCCAGGUUGAAAUUGAGAAGAAGUGGAUUAGGCUUGAUGGAGAAGAUCCUGAUAAGGCUGGGAACUGUCAAAUACAGUAGAAGGGUUUGGUGAGAAGAUGACUCAGGUGCACUGUUAGGAUUGCUAACUACGUCAGUAUAGAAGAUCCUAAUACUUUAAAAAGAAAACUGUUGCUAGCAAUAGAGACUGAAUGUAUUUAGCAAGACAAUGGAUUUUAAUAGACACCUGUCAAUUCAUGAUGGUGGACAGUAUGUACUAUUGGAAGUUUUGUAUAAAGUUAGUAUUGUCAAUUGAUCUAUGUACAAUCUAGAAACCCACAGAGCGCAAUAUGAAUUUCUUGUGUAUGGACCAUACAUCUCAUUGUGCUAAGGAAUCAAAAUAUUUCAACCUUUUGAUAUGUUCUAGAAAGGUAAACUUAUAGAUUUGAAAUUAUUUGUCAUUUGUUCACAUUAUGUUAUAUAUUUUUCUUCCCCAUCUCAGUAAACAAUAUGGUAAAAAGUGCUGUUCAUAAUUCUUAGUUGUCCAUAAGUUGGAUCAUUUUGUAGUUUUUGGGUGGUUCAAAUAUGUUUUUCCUCCAAAGAAGAAUAUACAUAUGGAAAAUGUUAUGCUAGAGUACAAAAACUACGUUGUCGUCUUCAGCAUAGUUCAUUUGGCAAGAACUGACAGGAAUCAAAUUCCUUGCUUGCAUAGCUUUCCUGGGAAAUCCACACAUCUUGCACGUCACUGAAACACUUUUCUCACACAUCCCCCAUCUUAGAACCAGCACAAGCAAUUGCACAGCAGUAUUGCUUGGUGGCCUAGGAACCAGCACAGUUAUACAGAAGUGCUCCUUCAUUGGCCUCUUUCAUUUCUAUCUGCAGAUGAAGCUGCUUGUAAGCUCACUAUGUAUGCUUGGGCUUCAGCAAAAAA